AUGAGAAGACGUUUCACAAGUCAAAAGAACACUAACGCAAAAGUAGAGAUUACGGUUGGUUAUAACGUAAAUGAUGAUAAAUCACGAAUUAUUCAAAGUGUUAAAGUUAAUGUUAGCCCUGAAUUAACUCGUGACUUACCGAAAAAGGAGAAUGAAGAAAACCAUGAGAAUGGAGACCCAAUCAUUUUAUCUGAACCCGGUAAAGAACCUGUUGAAAUUCCCACUUAUCCAACAUACCCCCCACCUCUUUCAUCAAACAUCGAGAACCCAGGAAUCUACGAUUCCAGUCGCAAUGCGCCAUAUAAAAUAGACAUUAAUUCAGAAUUAAUGAAAAUUUACCGUGAUAUAAUAAUUAAUAAUUAUGAUUCAAUAAUAAAUUUAAUUGACCAAUCUGGUUUAAUUAUUUUACCUUAUGAAUCAUUAAUUCACAUUAUCGCCAUUCUUUGUGAUGUUCAAGAUUCAGACGUUAAGAUUCAAUUUUUCAUAGAUGAUGAGGUUUCAUGCUGCGGAACAGUUGCAAAAAUAAAUCCUAUAAAGGAUAUUAGCACAAUUAAGAUAUCAAAGAACGGAACAACAACUGAACUUCAUUUAACAUAUAAUGAUAUUUAUAAUAAAAUAGUUGAUGAAUAUAAAAUAUCACUUGAAAAAUUCUUUGUUAAGGCUAUUUAA